UCACGAAUAUUCUCUCGCCCACCCUGCGCCCAAUCUCGUCACCCCCAAACCCCAUCCAUCCCUUCUUCCUCCCGAGCAGCCUCCUCGCCGACGAAAGGGGCGGAGAACUUUCCAGAAGGUCAGGGGGAAGGAUGGGCGAGUUCGACGAUUACUGGGCGCGGGCGUACAGGGGCGACCCCGCGGUGCCGCACUCGGACCCGCAGCGGCUCAUCUCCACCUGGACCGGCGCCUUCGCCCUCGGCGCCGCCGCCUGCGUCCACCACCACGUCUCCGGCCUCGCCUCCAACAUCAAGUCCCUUCCCCACAGCUGGCAAGACAUGACAAUGAUGCUCGAUCAGAAGCGCUGGAAGAAAAUUCUCGACAAGAAGCAGCAACAAGCUUAAGUUUCAUAACCUUCACCGCUUGGGCCACAGUUGGAGGAGCUCCUUUCUAUCUGGCUGUUGGGCAUGGCAGAGGAAGUUCUGCAUCUGUUUGGUUUCGUGGAUAGAGUUUUCUACCUAUUGUUUCCUUCAUAGUGUUGGAACCUCAUUCUUGAAGUUGAACGUGUAACGGGUUGUAUUCAUCUGCUGCCACUGUGAUCUAUACGAUUUUGCACGGUGCGUGUGAUGCGUGACAUGGCAGUCCCUGGAGUACACUGCAGUUACAUAAUUACAUUCUCCAU